UUGAGCAAUAGGCGGCUUCGCAUAAAACGACAAUGACUGCUACAUCAAAACCUCUUGCCAAGUCUGACAUUUGAUCUGCACUAACAUGCCCCACAGCACACACAGAUGGUUUGGUUGUUCACUUGCGCGCUGCCCUGCCUCUUUAAAGUGAAGGAAGUUGUCGGAAUGAACAGAAACGAAACUUACCAUAGUGAGGAAGUGUCACAGGGAGGACAUAAAACAGACACACACUCACCGGGCGUUAGCAGGGAGGGAAGGAGAAAGACGGCCGUGAGAUAGGGAUGAUCUGAGUUGCUGAAAGCAGAUAUGGCCUCCUCUUCAGCAUCACCCGGUGAGCCCAGCUCCUUGGAGAAACAUAUAACCUGCUCCAUCUGCAUGGACUUAUUUGAGGAACCUGUCACCACAGUUUGUGGCCACUCCUUCUGUAAGAACUGUGUGACCAAGACUUUUCAUAUCAAUGACAGCAUGUGUCCCCUCUGCAAGACCCAUCUGAGCAAAACCCCUGAUGUGAACAUCGUCCUAAGAGACAUUGUCCAACAAGUGAAAAAGACACUGCAGAAAGACAAGGUUCAGGAAAUUUUGGCGCCUGGUGAAGUGGUCUGUGAUGUUUGCACAGAGCCAAAGAUGAAGGCUGAGAAGUCCUGCCUCGUCUGUCUUGCCUCUUAUUGUUCCACUCACCUGGAGAAUCACUGUUCAACUGGCAGGCUGAAAGGCCAUAAGCUAGUGGAACCUGUGGCGAAGUUAGAUGAUAGGGCCUGUCUGAAGCAUGGACGCUCCUUGGAGCUGUACAGCAGGAGGCAGCAGACAUGCAUUUGUGUCAGUUGCUUGGACGAUGGGCAGGAGGAGGUUGUCUCUACUGAAGAGGAAUGGAACAGUAAGAAGGCUAAACUCGAGAAAACCAAGACAGAGUUACAACAGAAGAUUCAGAGGAGAAAAACAAAGAUGGAUGAGAUCAACACAGCUUUAAAGAGCUGCAAAGACGAACUGGAAAACGAGUGGUGGGAAAUCGAUGCUGUGUUUAGUGCUGUGGUUGCAAUUAUUGAACAAGCUCAGGCACAAGUGAUGCAGCCACUGAAAGACAGGAGGCAGGUCUUGGAAAAAGAAGCAAAAGAUCUUAAUGAUGAGUUGGAAAAAGAAAUAAAAGAACUCCAGGCAACCAUCUCUGAACUGGAUGACAUAGCUGUUCUUGAGGACCACAUCCUUUUCCUGCAGAAAUACCCAUCUAUUCAAGACCCAGACAGCAUCAAAGACUGGACAGAGGUGGAGCUGGACACGUCGCUGUCUUUUGGCACCAUGAGAAAAACCAUAACAACAAUGAUGGAAGAAAUUCAACUGAAACUGGAGAUGCUGAGCUCAGUCGAACUUAAGAGAGUCCCAAAGUUUACAGUGGAUGUAAAGCUGGAUCCAAACAGUGCACACCAACGCCUUGUUCUUUCUGACGAUGGGAAGGAAGUGAAAGAUGGAGGAGAGGACAAGGAAGUAGAUGAUUCUCCCAAGAGGUUUGAUCUGUUCGCCAGCGUCCUGGGGCUCAACAGCUUGACCUCUGGGAAGUCAUACUGGGAGGUGGAGGUCAGCAACAAGUCAGGGUGGGAUCUGGGUGUAGCGAGAGGCGAUGCAAAGCGGAAGGGGAAGCUGACACUUAAUCCGGGUAACGGUUACUGGGUCACCGUGCACUAUCAAGAUGAAGAAUAUGCAGCCAUGACGGCACCACCGCGUCGUCUUCAGCUGAAAGCGAAACCUAAGAAGGUUGGCGUGUUUGUUAGCUAUGACGAAGGUCUCGUCUCCUUCUACAACGUCACAGCUCAGUCUCACAUCUAUUCAUUCACUCAGUGCUCAUUCACAGGGGAGCUUUACCCAUAUUUCAGUCCACACAUGAAACAAGAUGAGAAAAACUCUGAACCUUUGGUUAUUUCUGAUGGGAAACACUGUGAUCAAAAUACUGAUAAGCCAUAAAGAAAGUUUGUGUUUAUCUAGACAAUGUACUGAAUUUUGGUCCAAAACCAAGCUGUGUUUGGUACAGGAGGAGGGUAGGCUAUUGCAUCAGUGCUAUAUUCAAUGUGCUAGUACUUUGACAUUUAUGACAAAAUGAUUUUUUUUGGCAGAAUUUAAGCUUUUUUUAAGCUGUUUUUGGUAGGUUAGCAAUGAUUAGCAAUCAAAUUUGAAAAAGUUUGGACCACUUCUAGUGCUAUGGAUCAAUGUUUUAUGGGGACACUCACUCUGUGACAUAUGAGAAAGUGGGUUGCAUCAGUGCAGGAAUGUGAAUGAUGGAAAACUUUCACAUUGAUGUAAAAAAUGCUUUUCAAAAUCUGUAAUUAGCUGCAAGUGCACGAUAGCUGGAUUAAGAUAAGAACAUUUAGAAGUCAGUGUAGAAACUUAAAAAUAAAUGGAAAUACGGUCAUCAGGUUAUUGUCAAUAACCGAUAACAUUAAUUUCUAAGUAAUUUAGAAACAGAAUCAUAUAGAAGUUCUAUGGAGUUGGACUUCUCUCAUGUUUCACUUAGAGCAAGUACCUCACUGUCUUAUAUAUCGUUUUUAAAUUAAAUACAGCAUCACCAAAUGGACUGUACAGCACUGUGAAUUCAACAGAUACAUCAAUGCAAAUGUGAGGUAGGCUAUUGUAUUUUAUUUGAGUGUUUUCUAACCAAGCUGACUGCAGCACUAUAUUUAGUGAGUUACACUGUAGAAGCAAAUCAUCAUAUCAUUUUGAACAUUUUAAAGUCUGGACAGCAAUCUGGAUGUGUCACUGGGGAUUUUUUAUUGUCAAAUAUCAAAUCAUGUGCCAGCAGAUGAAUAUUCAAUAAUGACAAGGAAAAAAUUACCGAUACAGUGACAAAAUCACCAUUUAACAUUAAUGCAAGAACAGAAUGUUAAAAAAUUUGAAUUUAUCUUGAGACCAUUUGUAUUGUUACUGACGCUAUAUAAAUAAAAUUGAAUUGAAUUGAUAGUCAAAAGGGGAAUUUUUCGGUGUUCUAACAAUUAUUUUUUGUUAGGCAGGCUGGUGUUUACUUAAGCAUCUGAUUAUUUUUCCACCACUUCAAAAAAUUAUGGAUAAAAAAUCGAUUUAUAUGGACUUGUUCACAAAUUCACUCAUUUAUAUUUUGUGUCAUGAAAUGUAAUGUGCCUGUGGAUUUUGUUAUAAUAUAUAUAUAUUGUUUUUUAAAUCUUGAAACCAAAUAAAAUCUCAAAAUCGGUUUCA